AUGUCCGACCAACCGAUUCCGAGAGAAGGCUCCGAUUCUUCUCUCAACGCCCUCGCCAACCCCAAUAACGGAUCGGAGAUCGGCUCACCUCGGUCCAGCACCGAAUCCCGCUCCUCAUCCCGCAAUCACAACCAGCUCCGCGUGUCACAUAUGCCCCCCCACAAAUCAUCAACAUCGCCAAAGCUUGAGCGAGACGCUCCGGGGUCCUCCGGGAUCACCGCGCUCUCGGCGACAGCCUUCCUUGAACCAAACGUCGACCCCGCAUUUAUUGGUCGGGAUUGGCAGCAGAUCUCCAUUGGCGAACUUGUUAGCCCAGAGGAUUUGCGUUUCGUUGAGCUAGACACAGGAAUUGAGGAAGCGACAAACAUACUGAUCGACUCCGGUACCCCGGUCUUGCUUAUCCGCGAAUCCCCAGAGAAAACUUCCGCCGUUGCUACAUUUGACUACUCGGACUUGAACACUUAUUUGCUUCUAGCAGCGGGUCUGGCCCUUCCUGAGGAGCAUAACCGGGCAUCAUACGAUGAGCUUGCCAAGAAAGCACGGGAGGGCGAGAAAAUUCCCCUAAAAGAUGUUAAGGGCCUGGGUAUGGAGAAAGAGCCAUUGAUCACUCUGCCCGCAUCAGCGAAUGUUCUUACCGCCGUGGAGACGUUUGGCGGUGGAAUCCACCGAGUUGUGGUUGUUAAAGAGUCCAAUGACCAAGAGGUUGUAGGCAUCUUCAGUCAGUUUAGACUGGUCAAGUUCCUCUGGGAAAAUGGACGCAGCUUCCCUGCAAUUGAGCAACUUUACCCACAGGCGCUGGCCCAAUUACGGAUUGGCUCGCACAAUGUGAUAUCUAUCAACGGCGAUAAACCCCUCAGUGAAGCUCUCCAGCUGAUGAAUAGCGAGGGUAUCUCGUCUCUGGUUGUGGUAGACAAUCAUUCCAAUGUUAUUGGUAACAUAUCUACGACGGAUGUUAAGCUUUUGACCCGGUCAUCUUCCCUGCCUCUACUCCAAAAUACCUGCACACAUUUCAUCUCCGUGAUCCUGUCUACCCGGGGGUUGAUCGAGGGUCAAGACUCGUACCCUGUCUUCCAUGUUAACCCAACCUCUACACUGGCCCACACGGUUGCGAAAAUUGUUGCGACACGAUCCCAUCGCCUUUGGGUGACUGAUCCAUUGUCGCCAGCCUCCUCAGGACCGCCGACUCCUUCUCACUCGACUGCGCAUAUUCCUCUAGCCACUGCAUCAAGCACGGCUGCUAACAGUUCAAAUAUUGGAAUAUCCCCUCCAGCUUCUCCCCUCCCUCCAGCCUCGACUGCUAUCCCAGCGCCUAUUCAGGCCACACCUCACCUACCAACACCGCCCCAUCUCUAUGCCAAUACAGAGUCAACACCUGGUGCGACACCGCCACUCGUGCCCUCUGUGCCAGCAGCUGCAUUGCCGGGCGCCCGCCUUUCGGGGCGUCUCGUUGGUGUUGUCAGUUUGACGGACGUUUUGAACCUCCAUGCUCGCGCUAGUGGCUUGAACCCGGCAGAUCCGGCCGAAUUCCGACGCCGACGACGCAGCAGUUCUUCUAGCAUGAGCGUUCGUCGCAGCGGCGAGGUUGGCCGUGAGAUGUUUAGUCGUGGCAUUUGA